ACUUGGUGUUUAUGAGAAGCUUUAUGACUCCUGAUAAGCUCAUCUUUGAGGACGACACAGAACUGUGUUCCUUGAGGAAUUGGGGUGGUGACGUCUUUUCUGAUACCCGAUUAUUACGUGACUGAGAAAAAAAAAGGCAUUUGAUUCAUGAAUAAAAAUCCGGACACCACCACGGGGGCAACAAACAAUAUUGCCCGUCCUCUAAGGCAACAAGCAGGCAAAUGUUUACGAAGAGGGCUCCUGCUGAAGCGGGGUGUUUGCAAAGAUUUUCUUGCUAAUUGCGUAUCAGACGGAAGGCUGCGGAAGGCUGGUCAAGUUUGGAGCCACCGUGCAGGAAGAGAAGAAGAGGAGAAGGCUGAAAGCAGGCGCUCAGUGAGGGGAGAGAUCUGGGGAAGACAACAUCGCACGCAGCCAGCCCGCGGCUCCCGCCUCCGCUCCCUCCCGGGCUCGUUUGCUCUCUUCCCUCUUCCCCUGCGCUCCUUUCUCAGGCGACAUAUCGCUCCAUCCCUCUUUCUCCCUUCCCUUGUAGACCCCACUCCAGAUCUGUGCUGCUACCUGCAAACUUUUUUCCCUUUAUCUUUUUUCGCCCCUUCCUCUUUCUCUUUUUCUUUUUGGAGUGAAUUGCCCUAAAACCAGCAAACAACUAACUGCUGCCGCUUUUGCGUCUUCUGCAUCUUGCGCGUUCUUCGCCCAUCGGAGAGGCAAUGCCACGAGGGUUUUAACUCCUUUCGGACGCCACUUGGGAGAGAGCUCGAUUUCUCCCCCUCCCUAUUUUGGGUCUUUUUUUUUUUUUUUUUUCCUCUCCAAGACCUGCCGGUUUAGUUUCGCAGCCAAACGCUCUCAGUGCCGGGUGUCUAGAGUUUAAUGAGUGGCAAUGUGUAGCAAAGCGAUCUUAGCACUCCUGGUCUAUGGCAUAAUAAUGCACUGCAGCGUCUACUGCUCACCUGCGGCCGGACUUCAGUACCCAGCGCUCAGGCUGGAGGAUGAAGUCUACGACGAGGACGGGAACACCCUGCAGGACUUCGCCUACGACCACGAACCCCUCGGCAUAGCGAAUCCGUCCUCCAUGAUCGGCGAGAUGUACACCUUGUAUUACCCACCGGAAAAGAGGCACGCCGAUGGGAUCUUCAGCAAAGCCUACAGGAAACUCCUGGGCCAGUUAUCCGCCAGGAAAUAUCUGCACUCCCUGAUGGCCAAGCGGGUCGGCGGUGCCAGCGGCGGCCUGGGGGACGAGGCGGAACCGCUGACCAAGCGGCACAUAGACGGCAUCUUCACGGACAGCUACAGCCGCUACCGGAAACAAAUGGCUGUCAAGAAAUACUUAGCAGCCGUCCUGGGGAAAAGGUAUAAACAAAGAGUUAAAAACAAAGGACGCCGAGUAGCGUAUUUGUAGCGAUGUGAGUAACCAGCCACUCCUGUGUAUACAAAGUCCUAAGGGAGAGAGAGAGAGAGAGAAAGAGAGAGAGAGAGAGAGAGAGAGAUAAACCCAACAACAACAAGAACAAAAAAAUCUAAACAAAAACAAAAGUCAUUUCCAAACUGACUGAACAAUCACCGCUCCUGUGUUAUCUAAACAUGUAUUUAUGUAUGAAGUAAAGCCAUUAAAUGAAUAUUUUGAUAAUAA